AGGCGGGGAGCGGCGGGGCCGCGCCUGGCUGCAGAGGCGGGCGCGGAGCCCAGAGCGGGCGCGGCGGAGCAUCUUUGGGCACUGCUGCCCCGGUGCGGGCCGCCUUUCCCGCAGCCCCCGGCCUCCUAUGGGCGGUGCCGGCGCCCCGGCCCCCGCACGCCCGUCCCGCUCGGCGUUAGCAUGGGCACGGUGCUCUCCCUCUCCCCCGCCGCCUCUUCGGGCAAGGGCGGCGGCGGCGGGGGGCUUCUGGCCGACAAGGCACCGGGCAGGGUGCCGGGCAAAGGCGAGAGCCGGCUGAAGAGGCCCAGUGUGCUCAUCUCGGCGCUCACCUGGAAGCGGCUGGUGGCUGCCUCGGCCAAGAAGAAGAAGAGCACCAAGAAGGUGACGCCGAAGCCCGGCGGCGGGGCCCCACCAGGGGCCCCGGGCCAGCCCGACCCGCUGGUGGUGCAGCGCAACCGCGAGAACUUGCGCAAGUCGGUGGUGGGGCCGGCGGAAGGCGGCAAGCAAGGCCCCCUGGCCGUGCCGGUGCCCACCGUGCCCUCGGCGCCGCAGGAGCUACACCCGGGCUCCGGCGGGGGGAAGCCGCCGCCGCCGCCACCGGCCGGCAGCCGAGCCCCAGGGUCCCCGCGCCGCGUGGUGGUGCAGGCGUCCACCGGCGAGCUGCUGCGCUGCUUGGGGGACUUCGUGUGCCGCCGCUGCUACCGCCUGAAGGAGCUGAGCCCCGGCGAGCUCAUCUCCUGGUUCCGCAGCGUGGACCGCUCGCUGCUGCUGCAGGGCUGGCAGGACCAGGGCUUCAUCACCCCAGCCAACCUGGUGUUUGUCUACCUGCUGUGCCGGGAAGCGCUGAGGGGCGAAGACAUCGGAACCCAGGCUGAGCUGCAGGCCGCCUUCCUCACCUGCCUCUAUCUCGCCUACUCCUACAUGGGCAACGAGAUCUCCUACCCGCUCAAGCCCUUCCUGGUGGAGGGCGACAAGGGGCGCUUCUGGGAGCGCUGCCUGGGCAUCAUCCAGCGACUCAGCUCCAAGAUGCUGCGAAUCAACGCAGACCCGCACUACUUCACGCAACUGUUCCAGGACCUCAAGAGCGAGGGCGAGGGUGGAGACGGGUCCAAGCACUGGACGAUCAGCCUGGAUCGCUAGGGAGGUACCAGGCCUCCGGCGCCGGGGGAAGGGGCAGCGAACGGAGGGGCAGGGGAGGCGAAAGACUGCCGUAUUCCCCCACCCCUUUUCCCCCUCCCCGCAUCCUCCUUGCCUUCCCCCCCCUCCCCGGCCUCCAGCUCCAUAGAGACGCUGCUUGGACCCUCCCUGCUCCGGAUCCGGCCGUGCGCCCCCCUCUUCUCAUCCCUUCCGACCCCAGCUGGGGUCAGCGCUCCGGGAUUCCGGGACGGCGGAGAAGACCCCGGGGGCGGUGUGGUGGUGGUCAUAUGGGGGUGUCCGUCCCGCUUGUGCGAUGGGGAGGAGGGAGGGAAGCUGCCGAGGAACGGAGGUUCCUGGAUGCGUUUUCUCUAGGGGAAAAAAAAAAGGGGGGAAAAUGGAGCUGGGGUCGCGGGGCAGGAGGGUUCGGGGGGGUGGGGGGUGUCUCUUGGGUCCUGGGGGGCCCCGGGCAAACCAUGCAUGUGAACGACGCCCCUCGGCCCGCCGCUGGCAGAGCCGGCCCCGCGGGAGCCGCGGCCCCGGAGCUGUCCGUGGUGCUGGAGCAGCCGUGCCUGAGCAGACAAAGGCGUGGCGGGGGGGCGGGCAAGGCCGGGGGGGCCGCGGGUUUUCGUGUCGUGGGCGCUGCCACCCCCCACCCCCCACGUAGGGGUUACGGG